AUGGAUCAAAUCCAUACCUCCGACCCCGAGAAUAGCACACCGUUGUCCAAAGAAAGUACAAGCCUUUCCUCCCACAAUGACAGAUAUCACCUGGAAUACGGCCCUUUGGCGCAUGUCAAUACUGCGCAGACCAUCUUGCCUCCCUUUGCCGGAGAAUUGCAACCAGGUCUGUUUAGACCGCCAACAGACCGCAAAUUCGCCAACCCGGUCCCAUUAGGCCUCGGGGGUUUCGCCCUGACAACUUUUGUGGCUGGAUUGAUAAAUCUCCAGGUUCGAGGGCUAACCGAGCCCAAUAUCGUCAUUGGCGCUGCCUUUGCAUAUGGUGGUCUUGUCCAGCUAUGCGCCGGGAUGUGGGAUAUGGCCGCCGGAAACACAUUUGGUGCUACUGCUCUGUCCUCUUAUGGCGGAUUUUGGAUCGCCUUUGGUAUAAUUUUCACUCCGGGCGGAUUCGAUAUUCAGUCUCAGCUGGUCGAAGCCAACAAUGGGUCGACGGAUAUGUAUUACAACUCAAUUGGGUUAUUUUUCAUGGGCUGGUUCAUAUUCACAUUCCUCCUCACAUUAUGCACCGUCAAAUCCACCGUGGUGUUUUUCAGCCUCUUUGUGGCGGUGGAUUUCGCCUUCUUGCUGAUUGGCAUUGGCUAUCUCAGCCGCGAUGCUAUGAAUGCGCCUAAUACUCCCGUGCUCAAAACUGCAGGUGUGUUUCAGCUCAUCGCCGCGUUUCUGGCAUGGUGGGUGAUGCUGGCUGGUAUUGCGGAUAGCUCGAAUAGUUUCUUCCUGAUUCCGGUUUUCCAUUUCCCUUGGUCGGAGAAAGGGAGGGCUUCACGGGGGUAG